GGCGAAUAUAAUGUUUAUAGUACAUUUCAGAGUCAUGAGCCUGAGUUCGAUUACCUGAAAAGUUUGGAGAUUGAAGAGAAAAUCAAUAAGAUUCGCUGGCUGCCUCCGCAUAACCCCGCCCACUUCCUCCUCUCCACCAAUGAUAAGACCGUGAAGCUAUGGAAGGUGAGUGAGAAAGACAAGCGAGCAGAAGGCUACAAUCUGAGAGACGAGGAGGGCAGACUGAAGGACCUCUCUACAAUCACCACUCUACAGGUCCCUGUCCUGCGGCCGAUGGAUCUCCUGGUGGAGGCGUCCCCACGGCGUGUUUUUGCUAACGCACAUGCAUAUCACAUCAACUCCAUCAGUGUCAACAGUGACUG